AUGGUCCUGCUAGCACCAAGUCCUAUACACCCUACUGUCCUGCUAGCACUAAGUCCUAUACACCCUACUGUCCUGCUAGCACUAAGUCCUAUACACCCUACUGUCCUGCUAGCACUAAGUCCUAUACACCCUACUGUCCUGCUAGCACUAAGUCCUAUACACCCUAUGGUCCUGCUAGCACCAACACUAAGUCCUAUACACCCUACUGUCCUGCUAGCACUAAGUCCUAUACACCAUACUGUCCUGCUAGCACUAAGUCCUAUACACCCUACUGUCCUGCUAGCACUAAGUCCUAUACACCCUACUGUCCUGCUAGCACUAAGUCCUAUACACCCUACAGUCCUGCUAGCACUAAGUCCUAUACACCCUAUGGUCCUGCUAGCACCAAGUCCUAUACACCCUACUGUCCUGCUAGCACUAAGUCCUAUACACCCUACUGUCCUGCUAGCACUAAGUCCUAUACACCCUACUGUCCUGCUAGCACUAAGUCCUAUACACCCUACUGUCCUGCUAGCACUAAGUCCUAUACACCCUAUGGUCCUGCUAGCACCAAGUCCUAUACACCCUACUGUCCUCUAG